AAGUUGUUUUGCAGUGAUCUACACACUCCAAAUAGGAGACCCAGUUACCUGUGGGUGUCUAACAUAUUAUAAUAUUAAAAGAGAAAUAUCAUGGACUUUACAAAAAGUAAAUGGAGAAAAAAUACCCCUCAUCACCAAUUGUCCCUAUCCAUACAAUAAUUGCUCAGUCCAGAAUUAUAAAGGUGAUAUAUUUUUAGAAGUUAAUAAAACUGUGAAUAAAAUCACUGUCCAACACGUCAAACAAGACAUGUUACGACUUCUUUGCUCACCCGAUUAUUUUCGUGAAUACACUGACAACUGUAUACUGAAUGUUGUGGAUACUUUCGGAGCCACGUCCAUUGAUUCACCGAUCCACACACUAAACCAAGGAGACCACUUCACCUGUAAUUGUAAUUUAUAUGGUAGUCAAAGUCUUGAAUGGUUCCUACAAAAAGUCAACGGAGAGAAGAUAAGCCUGGUCACGACAUGCUACACGCCAUACACCAGAUGUGUCAUCUGGUACAAUCCAACAAAUUUUGAACUACAGACUUCUCGAAUGUGGGGCCUCAAUUUGUAUCAAUCUAAUCUGACCGUGAAACAUGUGGACAAAGACAUGCUGAGAGUUUUUUGUUCAUCAGAUUUUUUUCAAAGGGAGCAAGAUCGAUGCUUGAUGAAUGUUGUGGAUUACGUUAGAUCCGAUAAUGUUACCACGAAGAGCAGUACCAACGCACCGGACGUCUACUUAAAUACAUACCCCGAACAACCAUUCCUGACAACCCCAUUCCAAUUCCUGUUCCCAACCACACCCGAGCCUGCAGCUGAAAACUACACAAGUAGUGUAGCUCUAAAGAUAACCGUCAUAGUUUUACCAUUUAUAGCUUUGUUCGUUUUAACUACACUGGCUGUUUGUUGUUGCUGCCGUAAGAAAAAAGUGAAACGUUUACAAAGACACAAUGAAGCCAUGCGUGUUAUCAGUAUUACUCCUCAGUUAACGCCAGAAAUGGCUCCUGGACCUGAUCAAAAUGACAGGAGUUCAACACGCGUAAACGAACUUGUUCAACCAAGUAACAGCACACUAACUACUGAGUCGCAACAACACACAUCAAUACAGAGUUCUGCCCCAAACGACUCACCACCGACAUAUUCCAGUCUACUUGAACUAAGAGUCGAACCGCCCCCAUGCACAACACUGACAUCUGAAAGCUACAACUGCCAGUCUGCUCCAUCGCAUCAAGCACAGAAUGUGCCGCCUCCAUACACGACAAGAUACAUUGCGACAUACAAUAGUGUGUCUCUUUCUGCCCAACAACAAGCACCCAAUAUGCCGCCUCCACCGUACUCAGGCUGCGAUGUCGGAUGGUUUGAACCUCAGUGUCAGGAUAAAUGCAGCAGUAGAAACGACUCGAUGGAUUCAUUUGUUAAAGAGGCGCACAGUACUGAGAGCAGCAGACCCGAUGUGUGCGCUGUGGGGAGUUGCCCCCAUGACGUCAGGUGCACUGCACAUUUUGGCGAGAUGGACUUUACAAAAAUUGUCAAUACGUACCCGGCCAACGAAAGCGUCGAAAUCCUGUUUUCCGAUAAGCGUAUCAAUGACGGUACCGAAAAUAAAACGACCAAGCCGGAUCUCGACUACAUAUUUCAGGUUGACCACUUGGACAAGUUAAUUAGCAUCUGUUUGAAAUUUACUGUCCACGAAACCAAGGGAGACAGCACCGAACGCGUAAAAUUAAGUGUAACCGUCACCGACAUCAAAGAUACCAAGCUGGACCAGGACUUGACCCCUGACACCGAUGAGAUGAGGGUCUACACCCUGUUAAGGAUUACCCAUGACAAAGAGAGCAAAAACCCCAGUGUUCGCAUCGAACAGGCGGUCAAACUCCCCGGAAAUAUCGCGAAGCUCCGCAUCAAUCAGCAUUACGCAGAAGUACUCACUUUCAAAUUAAAUUACAAUUCAGGGGACUCCAUGUUUCUAAAUCUGGCGAUCAAUAUCAAUAUCCACGUGAAAACAAUGUUCUCAUUUGAAAUACCGCUUGCUGUAAUAGUUACAUCGAUCUUCACAUUGACGAUCUGUUGUAUAAUUCUUAAGCGAAGACGGAAUAAACGGCUAGCUAGCCAACAGCUACAGAUAGCUGCCCUUCAACCACCGCCUGCUACUGCAUUUUAA